CGGGGUCUUCCGGACUACUUCACUGUACGGAGAUAGAAAUGGUCCUGCACAGCAUUUGACUAUACGCAGGGGUGGGUCAACGCACUCGGAAAUUCCUACGUGCCCACGAGUGGGCAGACCUCCGCUUGUGCCAGUGAUAUGGAUAUGCGAAGCCUGUUGUGUGUGUGAGUGUGUAUGAGUUUUACUAGGUCCUUGUGUGCCGUGGAAACGUCUAGCAGGCGUGCCCUGUCGUAUACUGUAUUUGCAGCUAGCCAGGUUGCUGCCCUUUGUCAUUAGCUGAUUUAUGUUGCAUGUCUUUUUUCCUUUUGUGUUGCUAUUCUUGACACCUUAUGAUGUCUGUGAAAGAGGCAUACCUACCUACCGGUCAUAUGGUCAGGGCUUCGCGGCGUCGGUCAUGCAUCCUGUCGACUGCGGCACGGGCAUGAGAUGGCGCCUUUAAUGAAUUGAUAAAAUGUAGUUGAUAAAGGAUGAAGAGAUCUUUUCUUUGAAGCAAUUAAUAGCUUUGUUGCGCGGCACUUGUUCGCAGUUUGUGGCCCGCGGGUCAAAGCAGGAACUGGCUUUAUUGUGGAACCACUGGCGUGCUUUUGAAAUAUUAUCAUUGGCGUCUGUCGUCGGUUUGGUCAGUUGCUUGGGUUGCGCUUGUUCUUAUGGUUGUGUUCGAGGCACACCGUACCAUACAAGCCAUGUUGAAGUUGAGACGAGCAGCCGUAUGCGCAGCUCAUCCCUUGCUUCACAUUACUGGCAUUGAUUACAGCUCUUCGCUCUUUGACUUAUGUGGCAGCUCACUGGGACCGCAUCACCGGACGGAAUGGCUGGUCAUGGACGCGCGGGCUCUUGCCCUCCGAGGCGGCAUCUUCGAUGUUGUCCUUGAUAAGGGGUGUCUAGAUGCAUUAUGUGCGGGAUAUGAUCAAAUAUCCCUGCUGCGGAGCUGGGGUCGGGAAAUCACCUGCGAAGAGGAGCGCCGAAGCCAAGCAGCGAGGGCAAGCGUCUUACAACUGCUGCGGGAAGUGGAGCGUUGCCUACUGCCCGGCGGCAGGUACAUCUGCAUCAGCUAUGAGGGCCCGUCGGGGCGGCAGCAGUUCUUCGAGGGCGCUGUCGAGUCGGCUCCUCUGUCUCUCACGCUGGUGCGGACCUUUGUGGAGGAGAAAAGCCACAACUACGUGUACGUGUUCCUUAAGGGACCAUUGCCAGCUGCGCAGCUAUCGCCCGGCUCAGCACCGUCGAGCUUCCUUGGAGAGGGGCCACCUGCUUCCUCUGGUGUCAUACGGACCUCUAUGACCUUCCCGGCUGUGUGUGAGCACUACGGCUUUGAGCAGCAUUCGAUUCGCAUGUCCGUGGCCUGGAAGGUGGCCGGGGCGCCCAGGCGGGAGCUGCGCCCUGUCGGCAGCUGCGGCAACAGCGGUCCCCAAGGGGAUGCGGAUCUCCCUGCGUGCGUCGCCAUCCUGCUCGCUCUUUCUUGCUCCUUCACGCUUGGAGCGCUGCCUUCCCAUCCCUUCUGUCGGUCGGUCUCGCGUCGGUUCGGAUCUUGA